CACAUGAUACCAACUGGAGAAAGUGUCAAGUGUGCGUGUUUUGGAGAGAGAAAGGGGGAAAAAGAGCAUGCGUUUUUGUUGAAUGAAUUCAAGAUCACGAGAGGAACGAGGACAAAAGAGGAAAAAAUAGUAAGCCAUAUUAGGUUAUGUCUCAUGGUUUUCUUCACGCAAACAGCUAAAUAUGGAGGUUAAGCUUUUGCUCCUUCGCGUGGCUUUUAAGACUUCUUCUUUCCCGAUUAAUUCCUCUCAUUAAAUUACCAUAGCUCCACCAAACGUAUCCUAGUAAUUAAAUUCAAUCCUACAAACACCACCAUUCAUGUUCUUCCUUUUCCUUCUUCUCUCCCUCUUUCAAUCAUAGGCUAUGACAUGAGUCUCACAAAAUCCUAACCCUACAACCUAAUCAUUUCAUACCCUUCAAUUCAACACCUUUCCCAAAUUAAGCUAUAGCCAAUAAAACAAAAUAGUAUAAUAAUUUUCAUUAAUGAUGAGCAGCGGUAGUGGUAGUGGCAGCAGUAGUGGUAGCCCUUGUGGUGCUUGCAAGUUCUUGAGGAGGAAGUGUAUUCCGGGUUGUAUAUUUGCUCCGUACUUUGAUUCAGAGCAAGGUACAAGCCAUUUUGCGGCGGUGCACAAGGUUUUUGGGGCCAGCAAUGUGUCCAAGCUUCUCCUUAGCAUUCCAGUGCAUAGGAGGCUUGAUACGGUCAUCACCAUUUGUUAUGAAGCACAAUCAAGGAUCAGAGAUCCUGUUUAUGGCUGUGUUUCCCACAUCUUUGCCCUUCAGCAACAGGUGGUGAGCUUACAAGCAGAACUCUCUUACCUACAUGGCCACCUUGCUCAAAUGGAGUUACCUCAACCACCACCACCUCUUCCACUGCCACAAACGAUGGUGGCACCACCGCCCGGUUUCUUGAUUGCAGACCUACCGUCCGCCACCGUGGCGGCAGCGGCGGCCACCACCUAUGAUUUGUCUUCACUUUUUGAUCCACUGGGCCAAACUUCAUGGGCCAUGCAACAGAGAGCCAUAGACCCACGUCAAUACAACAUGGCUGCUGCUCCAUCAACCGCCACUACUGGUGCUGACAUUCAAGCAGUGGCAAGUGACAUUCCUCAUAGGCACGGGUCUCCUCCAUCUCCUCCUGCGUCAAGCUCCAAUGCUUCACCAUCUCUAUCGCUUUCUAAAUGAUCAAACAUCUUUUUUGCUUUAUAAAUUAAUGAACUUUUAUAUAUUAUUUUUCCUUUGGUAAUUGGAAUUUAAUAUUAAUAUUAGAAACUAUAGACGACUAGCAAGGGAUCUUAAAUUUUCAAACAUAUUUCAAUAUAUGAGCAAGC